UCUGUCAUAUAUAUAUAUCUUAUUAUUUUAUUUGGAAAUAAAAGCAAUUAAAAAAGCACACACAAAACACCUUAGUUUUUUACUUUAUUGCCCUCUCUUGCUACGCCGACUCUUUCUCGUAGAUUUCCCUUUUUGUUAAUUUUAAUGUUAGGAAGAAGCCUGCUCGAAGAAACCUGUUCAAGGAUCGUAUCUUUCUGCAACAAAAAUUCAUUGAAAGAUGGGCUGUACAUCCACAGCCCGGCAAUCAAAUUGGGGAUCAAACACAACCUCGUGGUCACCAACAAUCUGCUCUCCCUCUACGCCAAAUGCAGUGGAGUCGGAUACGCACGCUACCUGUUCGACGAAAUGUCGCACAGAGAUGUCGUGUCUUGGACCAGUGUUAUGUCUGCUUAUGUCAAGAAUGGGAGCCACACGGAAGCCCUCAGUUUCUUCGACUCGAUGAAGAUAUCUGGAACAAUCCCCAACGAAUUCACUUUCUCAAAUGUGCUAAGAUCAUGUUCAGCUCUGGGGGAUCUUGUUCAUGCCACUGGAGUUCAUGGAAGUAUAAUAAAGCAAGGCUUUGAAUCCAAUCCCAUUCUUUGUAGCACACUGAUUGAAUUGUAUUCCAAAUGUGGUUUGCUUCAAGAAGCAGUUAGAGUAUUUGCUGCCCUGGACAAUGGGGACACAGUUUCUUGGACAGCAAUGGUUUCUUCACUUGUCGAGGCCGGGGAUCACGAUGGGGCGUUACGGUUGUUCAAUCGCAUGAUCGAAGAAAAGGUGUUUCCGAAUGAGUAUACCUUUGUGAAGCUUUUAGGCGCUUGUAGGUCCUCCGAUCAUGCUAGAUUAGUUCACAGUCAGUCGAUCAUUUGGGGUGCUCGUUUGAAUCUUGUCCUCAAGACGGCUCUUGUGUCUGCCUACGCAAAGCUUCGAAAGAUGGACGAUGCUGUUAUGGUUGCAAAACAGACACCAGAAGAAGAUCAGCAGUUAUGGACGGCUGUGAUAACUGGUUUCGCGCACAGCUUGAACUUCUGCGAGGCUGUCACUGCAUUUAGGCAGAUGAUGGGAAGAAAUGUCACUCCGAACAAUUAUAGCUAUGCCGCAAUCCUGAAUGUCUGUGCGUCACCACGAGCUCUGCAAUUGGGAAGACAGGUACACGCACAGGUGGUCGUGACCGGGUUAGAGAUCGAUGUUUCUUUGGGUAACGCUCUUUUAGAUCUUUAUGUUAAGUGUUCUAUUGGUGUCGAAGAUGUUGUCCGAGUGUUUAACCAGAUAACUCUACCAAAUGUUGCAUCUUGGAGCACGUUGAUUGUGGGUAUGGCUGCACGUGAUCUCAAAGACAGGUGUUUUCGAGCUUUUCUUGCAAUGCGCCGUUCUGGGCAGCAGCCGAAUUCUUUUACACUCGUGAGUGUUCUUCAAGCUUGCGGCAAAGAGGAAACGAGGAAGAUCCAUGGCUUCAUCGUCAAAACUAACUCGGACAGUGAUGCCAAAGUUGGAAAUGCUCUUGUCGAGGCUUAUACCGGAUCACAGCUGGUGGAUUGCGCGAUGAGAUUCGCUGAUGGAAUGAAUAACAAAAGCAUUGUAACUUAUACAGUUCUGGCGUCGAAGCUGAAUCAGACAGGCCGUCAUAGGCUAACUCUCGAUACCAUCAAGUACGUGCACGACAACAGUUUCUUGAUGGAUGGUUUCAUGUUAUCCACCUUCUUAUCGGCGUGUGCUAACCAAUGUGCCAUGCAAAUUGGGAGACAGAUCCAUUGUUGUUCCAUCUCGUCCGGCUUCGGCAGACAGACCUCAGUUCUGAACAGCUUGAUCGACUUCUAUGGCAACUGCAAGAGUAUCGAAGAUGCCUUGAAAGCUUUCAGUGAAAUUUCUGACCCGGACAUCAUUUCAUGGAAUACUUUGAUGCAUAGCUACGUGCUCACCGGACAAACAUCCUCGGCGCUCUCAACCUUGGAGGACAUGAGGUUGGCAGGAGUUAGGCCCGAUUCUGUAACAAUGUCGACAGUGAUGCUCGCCUGCAGUCAAGACGGGUUAGUAGACAUGGGAAUCGAAUAUUUUCAAUCUAUAAGAGAAGUGUAUGGCGUAAAGCCUAAGAUAAAUCAUUAUAACUUAGUGGUUGAUCUUCUCGGCAAAGCUGGGAGAGUAGAAGAGGCUGUAAGCUUUCUGCAAACCAUGCCUAUCAGCCCCAAUGCAACGACAUACAAAAGGUUGCUCCUCGCCUGCAAAUUGCACGGUCAUGUGCUUCUCGGAGAAGAAAUGGCAAGACAAGGCCUUAAACUAGACCCUUCUGAUUCUGAAUUCGAUGCUAUUUUAGCAACCAUUUACGACAAUGCGAGCCGCUUUGAUUUAGGAGAUAGCGUCCGCAGUCGAAUGACUGUAGUCCUGUAGAAAUUGACUCAACUGGCAAUACAGUUCAGCAUCACAGCAAAUCAUAUAGUCAUACUUCACAAAUCUAAA